AUGCACGCAGUUGUAGAGAGCUUCGAUCAAGAAAGUGAGGCCUACCGGGACCUUCCGAACGAGUAUGCCCUUGGCCCCUACCCAGCCCAUGAAAGGUGGCGCCAGGAGGGGCAGGCCUUCUUGGACGAGGGGGUGUUGGACUGUGGACCAGGCCUUCCUGAGAUCUUCAUCACCCCGCAGCUCAUGCCGCAGCUUCAUGCGGAUGCCUUCAUUGACCCGCAUUAUGCCUUUCGUGACGAGCUGGACUCCUGGCCCCGCAGGGACCUUCAACCGCUGACAGUGCCGCCGCCUGGCCUUCCGCGGCAUCAAUAG